AUGGAUACCAAACCAGCAUCGAAGGAUUCUAUGAGAUCCACCUGGCGCACUGCCGACCGGUCAGAAUGGACGCAUCAGCACUGGGCAUUGGAACUGUUAAAUGCCCAUCCGAUCGAAUUAGGUAAAGAGGUACCAGUUCACGCCAAAGAAGAGAAGAUCCCAUUCAUGCCGCAAUGGUCUCUCCAGCGAUGGGUGCUAUUCUACUCUGCCAUACCUCUGCUUCUGCAUCAGGCCUAUAUGACCUACACUGGCCGUACAUUGGGACCGAUCGCUACGUUCAACUUUUAUUUCCUCGCCUUCAACGCUACUGUCAUCUACCAAGUGCAUGUCCUGCGACGCCUGGGUCAUAUCUACGGCUUCCUAGAUGGCGAUAAACACGAGCGUGAUGGAGUCCCUGAUGUUGGUGUAGGCAAAGUCGUUACCUCACUUUAUAAGACUACCGGCUCCCGACUCGUGAUGGCUGUCUACUUGACCUACAACAGAGAUCAACUCCCUAGCCAAAUGAACUGGCUCUGGCUGCCACUCAUGAUCGGACUCUACGGAAUUGUGCUCGACUUUUGGUUCUACUGGUACCAUCGUAUGAUGCACGAUGUGAGCUUCCUUUGGAAAUUCCACCGCACCCACCACCUGACCAAGCAUCCGAACCCUCUGCUUGCUGCCUACGCAGACCAUGAACAAGAAUUCUUCGAUAUGGUCGGCGUGCCGUUUAUGACAUAUGUCAGCCUUCACCUUAUGGGAUUACCGAUGGGUUUCUAUGAGUGGUGGAUCUGCCACCAAUAUGUGGCGUUCGCGGAGGUUUUCGGUCACAGCGGACUGCGAAUGCAUUUGACCGUGCCAUCUACACUGAGUUGGUUGUUGCAAAUAUUCAACUGUGAUAUCGUUAUCGAGGACCAUGAUCUUCAUCACCGGAAGGGAUGGAGGAAGAGCCACAACUAUGGUAAACAGACUCGUCUUUGGGACCAGAUCUUUGGCACUACCACUGAUCGAAUCGAGUCAGCGGCGGAUAAUGUUGAUUAUAACAAUGUGGCAAGAAUGCCCCUGUUUUAA